ACUUUACAUGAGUGUGUGCACCCACAGUAGACAGCUGUGGACAGGGGGAAGGGGACACCGCAUAGAAGAUUUGCUUUAGUAACGAUGUGACAAACUAGCCUCAUAUUUUUUUUAUGUCUCUCAAAUCCCAGCUGAACAACGGAGGAUUUUUUAAACGCGUGAACUUUUUUGCAUUGGAUAAAGUGGAUAAAAUAAAUCAUCAUGGUUUCCAGAAUGGAGCGCAGAAUACGCACAGCCGUUUUGGCACUACUGCUUUGCGCACAGGCCGGUUUGGGCUUUUCAGUCGCUGGACAGCAGGAAGGCACCUGCGAUGCAAACGGCAGUAUCUACUUCGUGGGGGAGUGGUAUUUUUUGGACUCUGAUCACUGCACCCAAUGUGAAUGCACCGCUGAGGGCUCCGCUUGUUCCCGCACCGAGUGCACCUCUCUGCCGUCUGCAUGCAUUCAUGUAAGCCACUACCCUACUGACUGCUGCCCUAGGUGCGAGAGGAUCGGCUGCGAGUACCGGGGAGUGGUGUACGAACUUGGGCAAAACUUCCAGCCUUCAGAAUGUGAGCAGUGCACCUGUGACAGUGAUGGCAUCGCCCGUUGUUUGGUUGCAGAUUGUGCACCUCCACCUUGUGUCAACCCUGUCUACCAGCCGGGGAAAUGCUGCCCAGAAUGCAAGGAUGGUCCAAACUGCUAUGUUAAUGCAUCACGCAGUCAGGUGAUUCCUGCUGGAGAGCCCUUCUGGGUGGACUCCUGCACCAAGUGUCGCUGUCAUGAUGGCCAGGACGCCGGUUACUGGGAGGGAAACCGUCUCGCCACCUGUUCCCGCCUCAAAAACUGCACGCCUGAACAGCCGUCCUCCAAGAAGAAGUGAUUUAUUCUGUCAUCAGAGCCAACUGUUACCCUGAAUCACCAAUCCCUGCUUCAUCUCCAAGAAGAUGCAGAACCCUUCUGUGCAAGCCAGACAUAAGGGAUGAUCUGCACCUUCAGAAAUGUAAGUUUUGGGAACAGAACUGAACAAAAACCAAAGAAACAAUUUUUAAACCGGUAUUUCCCCAAGAACUUUUCAUCAAGAUUUCUGCAAGGGGAAGGUUGGGCCUUUAUCAGGCCUGAGCUGCAUUACAAGUAAGGUUGAAAUUGAAGGAUGACAUGUCAAAGCUGAAGUUACACAGCUUUGUCAAUUCUAUGAACUGCACAUUGGUAAAGAAAAAUAACCAAACUAAAGUAAAAAUAUUAAAAAGGAGGUACAACAUUGUUACUUACAGUUGUGGUCUUAUCAUGUAGACAAGCUCUGAGAGAACAUGGAGAUUUAACCUUUAUAACCACAAACUGUGGCACUGAAACUCAGUGGACAGGCAGUAAUACUCUGACAUGGAAGUGUCAGAGGAUGGUUAUGCUCACAGCAAACACUAAGGUUUACUUUAGAGGUACUGCCUUCAUUUGAGAGAAAGGAUCCUUGAAGAAACUUGAGUUUCUAAGAUGUGACCACACUCAAAGUUGUUAUCAUGUCAUACAUUUCUGCCUGUCCACAGUUUCUUCAAAAGGUUUGACCACUCUCUUUUUAAGGGAGAGACGUUAGUUAUUAACUUUUUUUUAGCUGCAGGUCCCCAACGAUUUUCUUUUUAAACCUUUCAGUACACCUGCCUUGGCAACUAGCACCAUAACAAAGCCACUGACAUCAUUAAUAAGGAUACUAAGAAAAGGUAAUUGACCUGCCAUGGUUUGAUGCAACACCUACGUGUUUGCACAGCUGUGGUGUGAUUGAGAGAAGGAAGUAGCUCAGCAAAGCAAUUAACAACUUGUAACUGCUCUGAGUUUUGCAGCUCAAUUUCCAUACUAAUUGAAAUCUAAUGCAUAAGACUAAAGCUGAAAAUAUGAGCGUACAGUAGCUGUAGAUAUGUAUUUCAUUACAUGGAAUGUUCUUUGUAAACUGUAGUGCAGGAAAGAAUCUGUAAUGUAGUUUUAUUCAUUUACAUAUGGUAUCAAAUUGUGCCUUUUACCUUCUUCAGAGUUUUCUUCAGUGUAUGAUAAAAUAUAGCAUGAUUUGUCCUUUUAUACAGGUUUAUAUGAAGCAGACCUUCCACCAGUUUUUAUUAUGUACCACUUUAAUCAUGAGGGACCUCUGAAUGAAAUACCAACAAUAAUCUUGUGGAGUGAUACGUUUAUGUGCAGUGUUGGAGCUGGAAUUUACUUAGCCGCAUAUAUAAGACUCCCCAGCUGGUACUGCAUGAAGUGUAUGAUUACAAGUGACAAGUUUCACCACCUUAAGUCUCCACGAGAGGCUUCUUUAUGCAAGAUGUGGGAUUAAGUUUAAACUUUUAGGGUUAUGGACGCCUUUUAAAUCUGAUUUUAUGAGAAGACUUUAGUCAAGAUUAUACUCAGUGUAUUUACAACAUGUCCUUGAGGGGAUUGCUAUUCAAAUCGAACUGUGUAAGAAUGAGACCAGGUCAAAUAUGAGAGCUGGUUCUUUAUAGCUGGAAUCUUAAUUCUUAAAAGGACAGAAAGAAAGAAGGUGUAGUAUGACAUUUUGUACCAUUAGAAGUUUGAAAUCAGUCUCAUGUGGUAGAUAUGAACCACUUCAGUAGUCAGUUAGCGUAAUGUAUAAACUGAAAAUGGGAAAGCUAGCCUGGCUUUGUUGAAAAGGAACAGAAUACACGCAGACACUGUUCUACAGCUCAUUAUUAAACUCUCUAUGCCUCAUUUUCUGAAUCUUUGCUGAAACAGAAGUGUAAAAAUGAUAAAUUACUGUUUAAUGUCUCUAAUGACGGUUUUUGGCAAAGACCGUUAGCUACUUUGAGUUUCUGUCAGAGUUCACAGUUUGGCUUGUACUGGAAUUAAACAAACAUUUUAUGACACAUCAUAAAGUGAUCUUAAGAGUUAUUUGCGGGGAGAUUUUACCUUUUUUGUUACCUUUGGAUAAAGCCAGGUUAACGGUUUCCUUAUUUUCUGUCUUUAAACUAAGCUGGGUUAGCUUUCUGCUUGUUUUUACUAUGAAAACAGGAGAGUGGGGUUGAGCUUAUCUAACUUUGCACAAAGAAAAAUAUUUCUAACUUUACCUUAAGUCUGGUUUUAAAUGUACUGUCUAAAAUAAAAGGGAACUACAAUGAAUCAUAACAACAAAUCUUUAGUGUAUCAUGCUAGCAUAUGUAAAACAGCUGUACAGAAUCAUCUUGUACAAUACUUCAAAUAAAAACCCAUUCUCAUGUCUUUAAA